UUAAAGACCUUGACUGCUUCGCGACGGGUCUUGGCAAAACGGGGGCACCGAGCCAAAACUGCAAGUUAAACAGCAAGAGCUGAGAUUUUCUGCUGAUACACAGCUUAUUCAGGGACUAAGAACGUGAUGUCGAGGUUAAACAUGAUUAGUGUUAUGAAGCUGGAAUGCAAAAUAGCUGGGGGUCAGCAGUCAGACAGUAUCGGGUAAACAGGAAGACGUAAGCAGUUCAAGCCAUGGCGUCGUCUGAUAAUGUGGUGCUUAAAAAGUCCUUUACCAUUUUGCUAGUUUUGGAAAUUCUUUGCAGCUUCGCAAGGGCAGCAGAUCCUUGUCAAAGCUACACACCAAUAGACAACCCUUAUCGCAGCACCAAAUACAAGUUCAAUCGGCAGGGUGCGGCUCUUUGCGACUAUAAACUUGCUAGCGGUUGGUACCGUUUCACAAGUGAUGUUGGAGGGAUGAUUCCACGGACAAAGCCCGAGCCGUAUAUGUGUGGGACCGUGGCGCCUAUAUGGAUGAGAGGACCGCUUCCCCAAGCUGUUGGUGAUGUCCAGAAUGCGACGGCUUGCACCAACUUCAACAACAUUCAAAAUGGCUGCAUAAGAACGAUGCCGAUGUCGGUAAAGAAGUGCGCGGACGCCCAGGGGCACUACUAUGUGUACUAUCUUCGACCACCGUACGGCUGUGCAAUGGCAUAUUGUGCGGGUGAUAAAGAGCCCUGUCCCAAAGGCCAAGUGGGAAUAGUCCCUAAUUGCAUAGAUGCAGUGAUUAAGGAUUUCCCAUAUGCACUGGUCCCCACGCCAAACGUGACAUACCUGGAUGACAAUGAGCCUCAGGUCACGAUGCAGUGCAAGUUUGACUUUCCUUCUUGGAAAAACGUCUCGUUCCACGUCGAGUGGUUUGUGAACGGAGUGAGCAGGGUCAACGAUACGGUUUGCGAGGGGGAGGGGUGUCCUGACAGGGCUAGUCGACUUCAGCACCGGCAAUAUUUCGCAGGAAACAGACUCCAUUGUCGAUUGCGGAUGAGGUAUACGACACACCCUCAAAACAAAUGGACGACGUUGUGGAGACAAAGCGCCUCAUUUUUCGUUGGAAUAGAGGUCUCACCAACUCAUGCACACGUCAAAGAGUGCGACGCAGAUACCUUUGUGACCGUGACGUUCCGCCCAACAGUACCGAUAGUACCAGACAAGCACUCUGUCCUAGACCACGUGCCUGUCGGUAUAUACGUACCCAACAAAUUUAAAGACCAAGCCAGGGACGCUGCCUUGGACACAUGCCUUCUUAAGCUAUACCCAACUGAUGUUGAACAGGGACGAACACUAAAAAUAAAGGGAGUCUGUGACAACCAGAACGACGGUAGAAAGGUGCUAGAUUACCACUUCGGAAUAGAUGACACCCAUCCAUUUUGGGGAUACUAUAGACUGCCUUCCGUGAGGGUAACUGUUGAUAAUACGGCAACCGCCACUUGCCAAGCAACGGGGGACCCACAUUAUCUGACAUUCGACAAAAGGUAUUACGACUAUUACCAACCAGGGGACUACAUGUUGUACAGCAACAAGAAAGACAAUUUUGAGAUUCACACUCGCUUGUGGAGAUGCUGGGCGGUCUCGUGUAACUGUGGUGUAGCCAUCCGUGAAGGCAAAGAUGUGAUCGUUCUCACUGCUUGUAACAUGCAACUCAAGUACUUUCAGCCAACUGUGAUGAGGGCGCAUAUUCGCAGUACGGGAAAUCUUGCGCGAGGAACACACGUCUAUCGCAGCAAUCCGGGUGGUACAAUGCAAUACAAUGUUGAUUUACCAUCAGGAAGACGUGUUACAGUAGAGCGAUACUCGUGGGGCUUGAACGUCUACCUUUUCGCCCCCCAAGGAGAUAAAGGAAACACAGAAGGAUUGUGCGGUAACUUCAACGGAAACUGGAAUGAUGACUUUGACAUAGGAGGUGACGGCAACUCUCACACUAGUGACGAUUCCUUUGGUACUAGCUGGAGAAUAACACCUGAUAAAAGCUUCUUCGAGGUGCUUCCUCCUCAAACUCCAGAACAAGACUCAGGAAUGUCUUGUUUCUGUAACAAAGAGAAUGACGCAUUCAAACCCGCUGAUUGCAAGAAAACCGCAAAUCAUUUCCUUGGUUUUGGGCAACAAGGUGAAGACAUUACAAAAGGAAUGAACCGAAAAAGACGAUCCAUCGAAGAUUCGGCAUACAGCGAUGACAUCAUUGAGCACGAAGAGAGGAGCUUUUUCGCGGACCAGCAUGAUCUGGAACACGCCUAUAGACGAAUGCGAAGUAGGAGGAGCAUUGAAAGGAUUUCCAUGUCUCCAGAGAACGCCACGCUGUAUUGCAAAAGUAUCAUUGAGGACUCAGUCGCCGGUAAACUGUGUAGCCAAGUGCCUGGGACAGAUUUGCCUAAAAUCGUCCAAAACUGCAUCAUUGAUUUACAGAUUACUGGUGACAAGGCUUUCGCGGGAUCGGCAUUUGCUUCAAUGAAAGAUGAGUGUGAAGAUCUGGCCUUGAAGAAUUUGUCUCUGUUUACAAAAGACUCCAGUGGUCAACUGCAGCCGCCAGCAGAGAUAGGAGAGAACCUGUGCCCGAACGACUGCAGCGGUAACGGCAACUGCACCAACAGAACAUGCACCUGUGAGGAAGGAUUCACCGGCGCCGACUGCUCCUUGUCUGAGAACUCGGUACCUGAACUGCUAGGGAUAUUCGAUGGCGGUCUGUGCGACAUAAGAAGGAGACCUUGCAAGAAAACAGAUAUCUUUGGGGACGGAUUUAUCAGUUCUGAGAAUCUAACAUGUCAUUCAACCGAAUUCAAGGUUUUCGGAGAUAACUGGGUCCCGAGCGCCGAGACACGCAAAUUACCAGGAGAGUUGAUUGACAUAUUUGGUGUAAAAUGCGAUCUUCCAGACCCUCCUACUAAACUGAAAGACUACAAUAACCCGGGCACGCCUGCUGGUGGCCUUUACAUCAAGAUCUCCAACAACAAGAUUGAUACAAGUGAUCGACAUAUGAGAUUCGUCUCGUACGACUCACUCUGCCUCAAAUGCAACAAGACAGAAACUUGUGUACUCAGGGAUGAUGCAUGUAUUAUCAACGGACACUGCUUUGCUCCUAAUGAUGCGAACCCAAGGGACUGGUGCCAGCAAUGCAUGCCACGGAAAACACAGUUUACUUGGAGCAGACGUGAGGUCAAUCAUCCCCCAAAGUUUACAACUCCGUCCACCCACUACGCCCUUCUGGGAGAGAAGCUCCAUCUGCAGAUACAGGCGACGGACCCGGACAACCGCCCAGUCAACUACACCCUCGCUACCACCAACGCCCAUGAUUACACCUUCACGUCAGGGGGCCUUCUCAACUACACAAUGACAUCAAGUGAAAGUAAAACAUUUACUGUUGUCGCUACUGACGAGUGUGGCGCAAAAGACACGAUGACAAUCACGCUCAAACUACUUACGUGUCCUUGUCAAAACGAAGGGGUGUGCCACCCCCACCCCUACCACCCACGGGGAUCAGGCCAGUACUACUGUGCCUGUCCGGUAGGAUUUAACGGAAGCCUCUGCGAGAACAACAUCGAUGACUGCUACUCCGCCGAGUGUGGCAAUGGAUCUUGCAUCGACGGCGUGAAUAACUAUACUUGCCGUUGCUACGUGGGCUACAAGGGGGCCCUAUGUAACGAAAGGGUGUAUAAUUGUGCCAACGACACUUGCUUUCCGGGCGUUAACUGCACUGAGAUCCCUGGCAGCGUGUCGUGCGGCCCGUGUCCAGUAGGACUUUCAGGAGAUGGGAAGACAUGUCUUGCUCUAACAACAACCACAAAACCUACAAGUAAAGUAUCUAGCACAACGGGAACUUCAGUGAUCAACACAGAGCCGACUACAACAAAAAAAGAGGAGAAGACGACCAGCGAGGAGAUUAGACCAACAACAAAACCAGAAACGACAACAGUCACAGGUGAGAUGCGACUUUUGAUAGCGUGGAGACAGGAAUUGUCUGACAAACGCAAUAAAGAGUUCAAGGAUCUCGCCAAGCAAUUGAGUUUGGAGAUUGCAGAUGCCUUUGCGGAAAACAAGAAUUUCAUAUCAGUCACCAUCUUGUCAUUCAGGGAGGGUAGUGUAGUGGCGACGUUUUCUCUGGUGUUCUCCGGCACGGAUGGCAAGGCGCCACUUAAAGACCUGAGAAAGAAGAUCAAAGACGGUCAACUGGGAAGCAUCUCUGUCGAGCCCGAGUCGUUGAAGCUUACUGAUGACAAAGAUGAUGAGAAACCGCAGCCAAGCUCAAAGGCCGCUGUUUACGCGGUGGUAGGAUCUGUGGUGGGACUGGUGAUAAUCGUUGGGCUUCUUGUUUUUGUGUGCCGAAAAAAGUACUACUACAUUGUCAACAGAACAAAGGUUCAAGAGGAAGUGGAGAUGAAGUCACACGCAUACGAAAACCCGGUGGACAUCGCCUCUGAAAAACAUUACCAGGAAUUGGAGGCGAAGCAGGAGGCCGCGUACGAAAGUCUUCAGCCAGGAGCUCAAAAUGAAUACGCAUGCAUUGAAUAGCUAUCAAGUGUCAGGGCUUGCAAACCUUAGAGCGAAUAAUAGUGCUUUGUAGAAUAGCUGUAGCAAGCAGCAGUAAAAAAAUCCUGCAUUCAGGAGAUCAUAAUUACGCAUUGCUGAAAAUUGAUGUGCGACUAGCCACAAUGGCAUUGCUGAUAUUUGUUACGACUAGCCAUAAUGACUUAGCUGAAUAGAUGAUGCGACUAGCCAUAUUGGCGAAGCGAGCUAUAAUUUACUAUGCACUGCUAUAAAAAUAGCUUCCAUGCUCAACAGCUCUUAAGAGUACGCAAUGCUCUUUGCGCGAUCACUUGUGCAUGCUCUUAUAGUUUGAUAUCGUUUGUUAUUGUGUCAUCAGCCGAUGAUAGUGUGAUUCUUUAUACGACGUUUGAUCAACCAUUUCUAAUCCAAGUCGUCACGGACCAUAGCAAGCGUCAACAAGGGAGUGUUCUUAAAAAAAUAAUUAAGUUUUUGAUUAAUUCGAUUUUAUUAAAUCUACUUCACAAUAUUAUUUUAUUUAGAUGCUCAGUUUUAAUAGAUAUUAAAAUUUAUAUUCAUUACCAGCAAAAUAUAUUUGUGAAAGAAAUCCUCAGUGGGAACACAGGCUUGCCAUCCUCCCGUUGUUAUCAUAUCAACGACUGUGAUGAGAAUGAAUAUAUUUGCGCACAUUCUCUGUUUUUGUCUUAAUAAAAAAAAUCUUAUUGAA